GUUUUGACUGUUGAUCAGACAUGAAAGGGAAUUUGAAUAUGUGAACUUGGGCUUCAGGGAAUAAUGAUGGGCAUUUUCUGAUUUUACAACAAACAAAUAAUGGAGUACUGAAGAAAAUAAUUGUCAGACCUACUGAUAUUGAAAACAGUGAUGGCAGCCUUACAGUUUUCCUAUGAUGGAUUAGUGUGAUGUUGCUUAAGAUUUUUUGUGUGUUAAUAAUACAUUUCCCUGAAGUUCUGUCUAAUGUGUUUGGUAUUUUUGAAAGUUUAUAGAGCUGCUAGAAGUUUAAACUUUUGAGAAACAAUUCAACUCAAUUAAUGAAAACAAGAGGGGAAGAAUUUGAUGUAGUAGUAUUAUCAUAGUCCAGGUAUUUAUUGUUUAAUCGUUUGAUAAGCAACUGCUUCAGGCUUAAAAGGAGUCUCUCUUAAAUAGCAAGUGUGUCAACAUAGGCUUUUAUUUACAGACAGCACACUUGAGGGCGCACUAGCGCAACAUGAUGUAACACUAAUAUUUUCACACACGCUCUAAUAUAGUAAUGGAAAAUACGAGUUUCCGUGAAGCAUCUGAAGGGACGGUAAUGCUCCAGUCUCGUCAGUGCACUCUGGCACCGCCCCUCCCUCAGACAUGCAUGUUGUAGUCUCGCUUAUUUUCCCCCUCGUCCCUGUUUAUAUUUUUUUUGAAAAACGGGGCAUUUAACACGAAGUGAGGUUUCGGCGAACAGAAACACAAACACAGGAACAUUUCCAGCGUCAGUCUCAUUCACUGGACUCCCUUGAAGGUUGGAAGAGAUGUCCGUGUGGCAGCAGGAGCCGUCAGGUUAUUCCCCCUGCGUAGAGAUCGACUCCAGCUCCGUGAGGACCAAAGACAGGCUCACCUCUCCGGCCUGGCUGAAGCAGGAGCAGGAUGACCUCCGCAUCAUCAAGUGGGAGAACUUUCAGUCAGGAGCCUCAGCAGAUGCUGUUCAGGACAACACACCUAGCAGUGCCAUGUCAGCUGCCUCACAGGUAGAAAGCCUGCCCCCAAAGGUGCUGCUGACUAUCACUAAGCUGCAGUGUAUGCUGGAGAGUAAACAGGAGCGCAUUGCUGCGCUGGAGAGACAGGUGGAAGACCUGAUGCAGGACCGUAAGUUCCUGAGGAGCCAGAUUGAAAACCUCACCAGCAAUCGCUCCAUGCCAGCGUUUGCUUCCCCCAGCCCAGUGACUGAAGCUCCUAAACCCAGCAAAGUGCAGCACUCAGACAGCAAAUCUCGGAAGAGAGAAAGAGCAUCCUCCACUUCCUCUGACAGCAGUGACAGCGGUUCUGAGGCAUCCGACUCAUCUGAAGUGUCAGCAGCGUCAAGUGAACACAGAAGGAGGAAACACCAUAAGGACAAGAAAAGAUCAAAGAAAGGGAAGGACUACAGCAGAAAGAGAGCCACAGGUGUCCAGUACGUCAUCCACCGCUACAAACAGGUCCUGUCCGCCUUCAUCAAGAAGAAGAGCAUGAGUGAAGCCUUCCGCCACCUCGGAAUCGACCGCAACACCAUCGCAAACACGGCCUCAAUUGCCGAGCUCCACCUGGCCGGCAAAGACAUGGUCCCCUUGGUGGGCAUGUUUCGCCAAGGAGAAGAGACUCUGGUCAGCUACGCCCAAAGGUGCACCUUGGUCAUCGACAGCGACGCCGAACUGUCCAGGAGAAUAGACCAAAUGAAAGCCAACGGCGAGCUUCUGCCCAUCUCAGGGAAACGGCCAAGGGUGUUACAUUCUCACAUGCAGCAGCUGGGGGGCGCUGCAGAGAGCAUUUUAAUAGGUUGAUGAUUAUUUAAUUAAGAUUAAGAGGUGAAACAUGCCUUCACAAAAUAAUGUUCCUCUUUGUUUUUCCUCAAUCUAAACUGCUGGAUUUGCAUUUUUUUGUCUUUGAGACAUAGAGCAUUUGCUUUAUGUCUCAGUAUUUCAGUAUAACAAUCUGAAUUUUAGUAUUCACAAUUACAGAUUUAGGGUGUAUAUUUUGUACUUGAUAGCCAUACAAAUUUAUUUACAGCACCUUUCAAUAUUGGAAAUGAUUUUUUAAAUUAUUAUUUAAGAGCAGGUGUGUGUAGUUUUAGGAACAUCCACAAGAUGGCAGUGCUCACAUAGAGAUCAUGUUUACAAAUCACUGCUAUUCUCAUUCAAUCCAAAAUGGUGGAUAGGUCGAGUCAAUUUUCCAGCACUAGUUGUGUUACUUUAUGUUCAUAUAAAAUCAUUUUGUUGACUACAUACUGUGAUUCUUGCUGUAAAUGAACUGAGAGAUUUAAAAACUGCAUUCAUUGCAAAGUGUUUUAAUGUUUCCGAACUGCCAACCAAUGAAAAUGAAAACAGUUUGUUCAGA